AUGGUUCACAAGGUGCUCUUCUGGAGCGGCUUCGGCAUCGCCGUCCGCCUCUGGCAACUCGGAAUCGAGAUGCGUCCUAUUCUUGCCAAGGAGUCCCUCUGGGUCUACCCUCUUUUUGCUGGUGUUGGUGGUAGCUUCGGCUACUGGAUGCAGGGUGUUGAGAGCAGACAAUUAAAGAUGCUGGCACAGCGCCGCGAGGCCAUUCUCGAGAAGCGCCGACGGAGGGAUCAGCGCGAAGAGAGCGAGGGUGUCCUGGCCGCUGCCUCAUAA